AUGCACAUCCUCCUCACUGGCUCCUCUGGCUCAGUCGGUUCCGCCGUCCUCCUCCACCUCCUCGACCUCUCCCACACCGUCACAUCCGUCGACAUCGUCCCCCUUCCUCCUGCCAUCUCCGCCCAAAUCACCCCCUCCCAAGCCGACAAAUACACACACCACCUCCUCGACCUUUCCCUCUUUUCCGAGCUGGACGACCUCUUCAAAUCCCAUGGACCGUACGACGGCGUCAUCCAUCUCUCGGCGAUCCCGUCCCCGCUAUAUCAUGAUCCUCGGAUGGUACACAAUGUGAAUGUCGUAGCGGGGUACAAUGUGCUCAAGACGGCUGCGGACCAUGGAGUCAAGCGCAUCGUUCAGGCCAGCUCGGUGAAUGCGCCUGGGCUGAGUUAUAGUCCGGAGGGGAUGCAGCGGUUUGACGAGCUACCUGUGACGGAGGAAGCACCGUUCAGAACGCUCGACCCUUACGCCCUAUCCAAGCACAUCAACGAGCUCCAAGCGGAGCAUCUCGUCCGUAUAGACCCCAACCUCCGCAUCGCCUCCCUCCGAUUCCACAUGGUCGUCCCCACAUACGAAGAAGGCAUCCUCCGAAGCAGAUGGGAAGACCUCUUCUCUUGGGUCUCUCAUAAGGCUAGCGCCGACGCGUGUAUCCUCGGCCUGACGUCGGAAGGAUGGGGAGGCGCCGAGGCGUUCAAUAUCGUUGCGCCGGAGAUAUGUUGGGAAGGGGGGAUUAGUCCGCCUAUUUCGGGACAUGAGGGGCUGGAGGGGAAAGUGGGGGCGGUGGAGCUGGUGAAGAAGGCAUGGGAAGGGAGGGUGGGGGUGAUACAUGAGGAGUAUUGGGAGGGCAGGCCGAGGAGAGGUCUGUGGGAUACUGAGAAGGCGGAGAGGAUGCUGGAGUGGAAGCAUGACUGA